AUGGGGGACAAGCAGUGGGUCAGCAUACCAACACGUCAAAGAGAUAAUGUCAAUGCCAAAGGACAAGUCGAGCACCGUUUCCUGAGAACCCUGCAGCAGAUCCAGAACAAGCUGAUCAACGAAACACUGAAGGAUGAUGAUAAGUGGAACGUGCUCAACAUUGUACAUUACUGGCGCGGCACCGGCUACCGUGCUGGUGGCCGAAACCUUGAGUUCAUGCUACUCAGCCGAGGCGGAAACCACAUAGCCUCCCACGUUGACGACUUCGUUCCCGGGCCCUGUCGGGAUCGGCUGGAUCCCGCUCAGCUGGCAGGACCGGCUAAAGUAGGAACAGGACCCAUUAUCAAGGGCCAGGCGCGUCAACUGGUACUACAUCCUGGGCAGACAGUUUACAUGCCGCCCGGUACUAUUCACUACGUCUUCCGGAAGCUGAGCGACCCAACACUCAUCACUGGCGGAGAGGUACUCAUAUGGACUGGGCUGAGACGAUGGCUGUGCCUUUUGAAACAGCAAGAGUUCAGCGAGACAGAGCCAGCAGUCACCAUGAAGAAGACGGGGGAUUGGGUAGCAUGCCUUAUCAAGCUAGUGAAACAGCGUGACGAGGCACAAGACUGGAAUAACAUGCCCGGCGGACAGGAAGAGCUUGAGCUUGUGAUGAAUACACUCGAGGUUGGUUCUGCAGUCACGAUAGCUGCUAAAUUACUAACGUGGGCGGAGCAGAGAUAG